UGGCUGGCGUGGCUCUGGAAAGUGUUAGCUCGCCGAGAACCAGCCCGACGCGGCCGGAGCACGAGACAGUCCGUGAACUUAGUUUAGUAACGGGACCAACACGCAGCCCUUCCAAUUUUUACUGCGAAACUCUCUUUGUGAAUUGAAAUGUUGUAGGCGGUGCGGUUUCCCGGGGGCAAGGGGACCGCGUGUUCAGCCGGAGGCGACUGGAGAGCAGCCAGGCUGCGCGGCAAAGCGCGUGUGCGCAGUCAGGGGUUUGGGGCAGAAGGUGGGCCCCGGGGCAGCGGCCGCUGGGGGAGACCGGGGAGAGCCGCGGGGGGCGCGCACCUGCGGCCUGGGCGCACCACCUGUGGCUCGGAGUGCGGGCGGUCCCUAACGCCCCCCGCUCCCCCGCGCACCUGUGCGUGUGGAAGGGGCCGCAGACUCGGGCUCCCUCGUGCUCCCAGGACCUCCGCCUAGCAUUGCUGAUAGCACGUGCAGGGCACUGCCUAUGAAAUUCUGGUUUCAGCUUUUUUUGAGGACUUCGCCUUUUUCACCUUUUUUGAGUGUUUCAACUUUUUAGCCGAGGGAAACAUACUUAAAUCGACGUAGAACUCCUUAAAAUGCUCAGUCGCAAGUUAAACCAAAAAAAUAAAAUACUUGAAUUUGCUGAAAGGCAGUUAUUCCUGAAAUACUGACUAUGAAACGUCUCAAUUGAUGAUAAUGAAGAUAAUUCAAAUGAUGGGACCCAACCAUCCAAAAGGAGGCGAAUGGGCUCAGGAGAUAGCUCUAGGAGUUGUGAGACUUCAAGUCAAGAUCUUGGCUUUAGCUACUAUCCAGCAGAAAAUUUGAUAGAGUACAAAUGGCCACCUGAUGAAACAGGAGAAUACUAUAUGCUUCAAGAACAAGUCAGUGAAUAUUUGGGUGUGACCUCCUUUAAACGGAAAUAUCCAGAUUUAGAGCGACGAGAUUUGUCCCAUAAGGAGAAACUCUACCUGCGGGAGCUGAAUGUCAUCACAGAGACGCAGUGCACUCUAGGUUUAACAGCAUUGCGCAGUGAUGAAGUGAUUGAUUUAAUGAUAAAAGAAUAUCCGGCCAAACAUGCUGAAUAUUCUGUUAUUUUACAAGAAAAAGAACGUCAACGAAUUACAGAUCAUUAUAAAGAGUAUUCUCAAAUGCAACAACAGAAUACUCAGAAGGUUGAAGCCAGCAAAGUGCCUGAGUACAUUAAGAAAGCUGCCAAAAAAGCAGCUGAAUUUAACAGCAACUUAAACCGGGAACGUAUGGAAGAAAGAAGAGCUUAUUUUGACUUGCAGACACACGUUAUCCAGGUGCCUCAAGGGAAGUACAAAGUGUUACCGACAGAGCGAACCAAGGUCAGUUCUUACCCAGUGGCCCUCAUCCCCGGACAGUUCCAGGAAUAUUACAAAAGGUACUCACCAGAUGAGCUGCGGUAUCUGCCAUUAAACACCGCACUUUAUGAGCCCCCUCUGGAUCCUGAGCUCCCGGCCCUAGACAGCGACGGCGAUUCGGAUGAUGCCGAGGAUGGUCGAGGCGAUGAGAAACGGAAACAUAAAGGCACUUCGGACAGCUCCUCCGGCAACGUGUCUGAAGGGGAAGGCCUUCCCGACAGCCAGGAGGAGCCUCUCCAGGGAAGACAGAGAUCCAAGGACAAAGCUGCUACUCCAAGAAAAGAUGCUUCCAAACGUUCUGUACUGUCCAAGUCAGUCCCUGGGUACAAGCCAAAGGUCAUUCCAAAUGCUCUAUGUGGAAUUUGUCUGAAGGGUAAGGAGUCCAACAAGAAAGGGAAGGCUGAAUCACUUAUACACUGCUCCCAGUGUGAUAACAGUGGCCAUCCUUCUUGCCUGGAUAUGACCAUGGAGCUUGUUUCUAUGAUUAAGACCUACCCAUGGCAGUGUAUGGAAUGUAAAACUUGCAUUAUAUGUGGACAACCCCACCACGAAGAAGAAAUGAUGUUCUGUGAUGUGUGUGACAGAGGUUAUCAUACUUUUUGUGUGGGCCUUGGUGCUAUUCCAUCAGGUCGCUGGAUUUGUGACUGUUGUCAGCGAGCCCCCCCAACACCCAGGAAAGUGGGCAGAAGGGGGAAAAACAGCAAAGAGGGAUAAAAUAUGGAUUUAAAUGAAAUAUUUGGUGCCAACUUACUUACAUUCUCAAUUUUAUGCCAAUAAAAGAUUUCUGAAAUUAA